AUGAGAUUUCCGCUCCGACCUGGGGUUGUGCGGCCUCCACUAUGUCACAUAGCAGCAACACGACGGUCGCUCUCGACGACUCCGAGACUCUGCGAUGGUGCGGACAAGACCAAGACCAAGACUGAGCCUCCUCCGAAAAAUCCCAUGAGCAGAGGCAAGCUCAAGGCUAUGCUAGCUGCGUCUACAAACCAUGGCAAGGGUCACAAGCCGAGGAUGAAGUGGGAAUCGCAAAAGGCUGGGAAGGGCCGCCAUGCCAUGUUUCGAUCGACAGUCUUUAACCGCUUCGAGGGCGUCCUCGAGAAGUUUUCCCGGUCCAGCGUCUCCGUCGCCGGCGUCGGGGAGGAAGAGCUCGACAAGCAGGCCGCUCUGUUUAUGGAUGUCUUGGAAAAGGCCUUUGUCAUGGCUGAGCAGAACAUCACGCAGCGAGACCGAAACCCGCUGUUCUGGAACCUUCGUGAUGCCUUCAUCUUGAAGGAUGUCAAGGGUCUCAGCAACGAGCUUCAGUACUCGUUUCAGUCGUUCCUCAUCCGUCAGCGAUUCUCCAAGGGUUUGGAGGAGAGCCACAAACGGCUUCUGGACUUUCGAUUCCCGUACGAGUGGUUCCCCGCUACCAGGACGAUGCAGCGAACUAUCCACCUACACGUUGGACCGACCAACUCGGGAAAGACGUAUAGAGCUCUGAAGGCGUUGGAGAACUCCAAGCGAGGAGUUUAUGCGGGCCCCCUUCGUCUGCUGGCCAACGAGGUCUACCAGCGUCUGCAGGCCAAGGGUCUGCCAUGUGCGCUGAUGACGGGAGAGGAGGUGCGGAUACCACAGGAUACGGAUACCUACUUUACGAGUUGCACGGUUGAGAUGAUCCCCGUCAACGAGCCCUACGAUGUUGCCGUCAUCGACGAGAUUCAGAUGAUUGCCGAUCCUGAUCGGGGCAGUGGUUGGACAACAGCCUUGCUGGGUGUCAUGGCUAAGGAGGUUCACCUCUGCGGUGAGGAGCGAACAGUCAAGCUUAUUCAGAGCAUAUGCGCAGCUAUUGGCGACGAGUGUAUCGUUCACCGAUACGAGCGUCUCAGCCCUCUCGAAACCAUGUCCGAGGCUAUUGACGAAGACUACAACCGACUCGAAAAGGGUGAUGCUAUUGUGGCCUUUAGCCGCAUGAACCUGCACGCCCUGAAGACGACGAUCGAGAAGCACACUGGACGAAGAUGCGCCAUCAUCUACGGAUCACUACCCCCCGAGGUGCGCGUACAGCAGGCAGCUCUCUUCAACGAUCCCAACAACGACUACGACUUUAUCGUUGCCAGUGAUGCCAUCGGCAUGGGUCUUAACCUUGAGAUUCGACGAGUUAUUCUCGACUCGGUCACCAAGUAUGAUGGAAACCAGAACCGACACCUCACAUACCCCGAACUGAAGCAGAUUGGCGGCCGAGCUGGACGAUACCGAACUGCGCGACAGGCUACGGAAGCUGACAAUGGGGCCGACGACGGCCGCAAGGUUGGCUAUGUCACAACGAUGGCCCGACAGGAUCUCAAGAACGUGCAUCGUGCGUUCAGAUCUAGCGUCGACGACAUUGAUGCCGCAUAUGUUACACCUCCUGCAGCCGCUGUCGAACGAUUUUCGACAUACUUCCCCAAAGACACACCGCUGUCGUUUAUCUUGAUGCGCAUCCGAGAGCUUGCAUCGGUGAGCAAGAACUUUAGACUCGGCAUCGCGCCAGAUAAGCUCGAGAUUGCCGACGCCAUUCAACACAUCCCACUCACCAUCUACGAUCGUCUCACACUCUGCCACUUGCCGGUGUGGCAGCGUGCCGAGAACUCGAUGGAUGUCCUGCGAGCUCUCGCCAAAAUCAUUUCCGAGAAUGGACGUGGAGAUUUGCUGUCCAUCAAGGAGAUUCCCCUUGAGAGCUUGGACAUUGACCUCAAAAACUUCAAAGGCACGCCGAUUGAUUAUCUCCACAAGCUCGAGUCCCUGCAUGUGGCUAUCAACCAGUAUGUCUGGCUAUCUUACCGUUUCAGCGGCAUGUUCCGCGAUCAGGCAUUGGCUUUCCACGUGCGCUCGCUCGUUGAGCAGAAGCUGGUGGACACACUGGAGAGACUCGACUUUACCCAGUCAGAUCUCCAGAGCAUCCGACAGAACAAGCGUCUCAUGGCGCAGUCGCAAAAGAUGUCGCGCAAGGUGCUCGGAGAGGGAGACCUCAAGGACAUUGAGCAAGAGAUGGACGACCCGCCUCUGGAUCAGGACGAGCACUGGGAGCCUCAUCAGACAUCGGAAGAGGUUGCCGCCACGGCAUCAGCUCCUUGA